UUAAAUUGCACUCAAAGUGCCUUACACUUCUUAACUGAGAGUUCAGUGAUGAUGCAUUUCUUUCACCUUUUACUCCCCCACAUACCAGAGAGAGAGAGAGAGAGAGAGAGAGAGAUGGAGAUGCCAGGAAUAGCAUGCUUUGAGAGGGCAUCCCCAGCACUGAAGGAGAUUCUGCUCAAAUUGCACCGUUCUGAAAAGCCUAUGGAGCUUGAUCAUCACUUGCAUGAAUUUGGAUCUGUCGAAUAUCACAUUCAGUCUUCAGCAUCGAAUCAGUAUAAGGCCUAUUUAUCGAUAUCAACCCCACUGCUCUCCCAUGGUGGCCAGCUCUCAUAUGAGCUUCCACGCUCUUCUAUCGAACUGGUGAAAGGACUGUGUUCUGAUGCUGUGGAAAUUGUUGAACCUGCAAGGGAAGGAUAUCAGCUUACUCUGGAACUUGAUUUAACUAAAAUUCCACAUGGCAAAGAUUCUGUGAAGAUCAUCACACAAAUUUCCACAGUCCAAGCAGUCAUAUUGAGCUCUCAACUGAAAGAACUGUUGAGGAAUGUCAGUUCGCAGGAUGCAUCUCAAGGGAAGUACAAACCAAUCAAGCUCGUUUAUCACCCAAGAGAGCCUUUCUUUGUCAUCAAACAGCCAGCAAAAAUUACUGCAGUUUUCCCGAUGCGUUUUAAAGAAAAUACAGACGUCAUAAUAGCGACAGCCUUCUUUCAGGAACUAAUGGAUGUGGGAAGUUCGGAAGCAUGGGCUAAAGCACCUCAUUGCACCUGGUCCCCCAUUCCACCUCCUGAGCUAAGAGGAGAACUCCUUGAAGAUUUGAGUACUAAUGGAGGGUUUGUCACUUUCGAUAUUUCUUCGCGUCAUGUUGAAGGCAAAAGGCUAGACAAGACCGUAUGGAGCCUACUAAACUUCAAUGCUUUUGUAAAAUAUCAUGUCAAGUGCACCAGGAGUUUCAUACAGAGGAGGAUGAGAAGCCGUUUAGAAAGUUUGGUUCAGGUGCUGCAUAAGGAAAAUCUAAAGGAUGAGCAGAUUGUAAAGAAGGUCAAAGGAGUUAGGAGCAUGAGGAAACUUUUCAGUUUCUCAAAACCCAAAAUGAUAAGAAGAAGAUGUAAUUUUGCCAAUAAGCUCAAGAGAAUCCGCUCCAGAGUUAAAAUACGUUGGUUAAGUCGUUUUCGUCGACGAUGGCUGUCAAUCUCCAAGUGUUCUUCUGUGAGGGGAUAUCAAAAGCUGGACUAGUUUUCUUUUACCCUCAAGAACAAUAUACCGUCGAUUGCAGUUAAAACUUCCCCAUUUGAUUGGGACACAUGGAUCGGUUAGGUUUGGUUUGCAGUUAUAACUUCAUCAACAUCAUAGUAUGAAUUGUGGACUCUAUAAUGUACAUAUGAUGAACUACAUUUUGUCGACUCCCACGAAACCUUAAACGUCUCCGCA